AAAAAAUUAUACCAGAGUCUGCGCAAAAUGUGCCCGAAAAAUAUAUUAAGGAUUCAAAUUUAGUGACCGAAAUUGUGCAAGGUUUGUUACAAGGAUUUUUAGUAAAUUCUAUAGAAGAUAAUAUCGAAUUUAUUAACAGCGAACCCUCAUAUUCUCCACCUGGUGCAGUCGAGCUUGCUCAUUUGUUGUAUCAAGCAUGUAAAGCAACAAAAAAAUCUAUCAAAACUAAACGGGAAGAAAUUUCAUCCUGGGGUCGUUAUUCUGAAAGAUUCGAAGAUAAGGUUAUAGAACUUAGAUCCAAAGACAAAAAUCUUAAGGAUAAAACUGCAAGAGCUCAAAUUUAUAAUGAAAUGAGACCAUACCUUACAGGUAUUACUGAUGAGUAUUUACGCAAGAUAACAAGCAAAGCAAGAAAAAUUAAUAAGUUGUUUGGAUAUGAUUACGAUCCUAUGACUUUAAAAAAGAAUAAAGAUCAAGUAGGUGUGACAGUAUCGAAAACUGUGAACACCGUUCACGAUCGGACAAAAACUGAGGUGAGUAUUCGAGCUAAAGUAAAUGUGUUAACCAAGUCUCAAGUCUCUGAAUCAGAAAGAAUAGAAUGCGGGGCAUCAGAAAUCAAGGUAGAUACAUCACCUGAAUCACGCCAAACCGUACCUUUUCAAUAUCAAAAUGUUAUUGACGCUUUAUAUGCACCAGCCAAAUCUCAACUCGAAAAGAAGGUUCUAUCGGAAACUCAGGUCAGCCCAUUACCCACGUUACAGAUAGGCACCACACCUAUAUCUAUAUCCAAGCCAAUUCAUGGCCGUGUAAGUUUUCGUAGGAAAGUAUUAGAUCAAUAUCCCGAUAUAUUUUAUGAAUUUAAUGAUGAAAAUAUUGAUUAUUACGGAAUUACUGAUGAGACAUUAUGCCCUUUAUGCAA